AAUGUAAGCAUUUCAGUAAUAUAAGCUUUCAAAUUCUUAGUUAUUUCCUGUUACCUGAGAGUAUAUUGGUCAGUACUCUACUGACCUGCUGGUCGGACCUCAAUGACAAUGAAUUUCGCGAAAGGUCUCGUGUAUCAGUUUCUGCUGCUUGUGACCACGUGGCUGAAGUGUUGUGUCGAGUGGUUGCGGCGGGCCUUCACCGCGGUCCACCUAUGGGCCGCUCAUCCCAGAAUUCCUAGUGCAGAUGUCAAGGGAAACAGUGAGUCUGACUUGUGGCGGAGCGAUGCUUCCAUGAGGAUCUACUGCACGGAAGGCGGAGCCAUGGUCACGGUGCAGACGAGCACACACGCGUUCCACGUGGACCUCAGAAAGUUGUCAGACUGCAGCGAAUACUUCCGUGCCCUGUCCCAGUCCAGCAUGAGGGAGACCAGCGAGAAUCUCGUCUCCUUGGAACACAUUCCCUCUGCGGUCUUCCGCAGUUUGCUGGAGUUCACUUUCCUACAGCGCUUCCUGGUGUCUGAGGAAGACCUGGGGGUGCACAUCCAGAUGGGCUCUUACCUACUUGCUCGACCCUUCACCUCCCGGUGCCUGUCAGCCCUUGCUGGGGCCUUGAACCCAGAGAACUGCAGAGCCUACCUAGACUUCUCCCAGGAGAUUGGCUGCUUGGAGAUGCGAGACACGGUGUACGACUAUCUGAGCAGGAACCUCCUGGAGCUGUCCCAGCUGACACGGGGCCUGGGUGCCAAUGUUGAGAAGGAGCUUGUGCGCCUCCGUUCACAGGGUGAGCUCCGGCUCUGCAUGCUGAGGAAGGAGAGCCUGGUGUCCAGAGGUCCCGAUGCCGCUGCCGCCCACCACCUUCACGUCCUAGUAGGGUCCGACAACGAUGGGCACUGGCAUCAAGAGGCAGAGCUUCCCUUCACUGCGGACAAGUGGAGUUUCACCACCGCUGUCCUCUACAACUACCUAUACCUCAUCGGGGGGUACAGACACAUGACAAAGAGGGGAUACCAGUUCAAGAUGGCAUCCUUCCGUUACAACCCCUUCAAUCACAGCUGGGUAUCCACAGCACCUCUCAUUAAGCACAGACGUCACUUCAGCGCCGCCGCCUGCGAGGGCUACAUCUUUGCGGUGGGAGGAUGGUACCUUGACUCCCUGGUCGGACCCGACUCCACCACGGUGCUGUAUACCGCAGUGGAGCGCUACGACCCCUGGGCAGACACCUGGGCCUUUGUUGCAUCGCUGCCCCUCACGGACUUCCACUUCACCAUGUCCCUGUCCCACGACAUUCCCCUCACUGCUGCCCUUGACCACUGCAUCUAUGUCAUUGGCACCAUUCAGAGGACCGGAGAGACGCUUGUACUGCAGUACAAUGUAAAGAAAGAUACCUGGGCAGAGAUGCUUCCCACCCUGACCAGAGCGGAUGCCGAGAUCCCCAGCCUGUAUUUCCUGGGUGCGACAGACAGGCUCUACAUCAUCGGCGGGAACAACUCUGAGAACGUGGUAACGUCGUUUUGCGUGGGGUCCCUCCGUUGGGGGAGGGUGCGCUCCGCUGAGAAAAUGGCACUGGCCGGCCAGGGCACGGUCCUCGGCGUCGAUAUCUACAUGCCGGCUGUGGAGCGCAACGCCAUCAUCAGGAUGAACCUGCAUUCCCUGUCGGUUCACGAGCUCCCGCCGCUACCGCUUUCCACCAGCUAUGAGGCGCUCUUCCAUCUGUGCUUUAAGCAGGCUCCCCCAGGGGACCCAGAUGCCUUGGACACAUAUCCCAUAAAGAGACACUCACUGGAUGGAGGGCAGCGCCCCUUCUAGGUCUAAAUUAAUUAGGUGCGUG